AUGAGGGCUCUUGGCUCCGCCUAUAAUAGCAACCUUGUUACCGGCGUCCUGGUCACUUGGGCCGCACCCCGCCGCUCAGAGCGAACAGCUCAUUUGCAACUUUCUUGCGACCUUCCCCUCCAGUCGCAGCACACAAAACUCCCUCCUACAGCAUACGAACCCAACGACUGGAGGUUUGCUGACUGCAUACCUCGACGAAAGGUGCCGGCGAGAAGGGAACGCAAGAAGGCUCAAAGAACAGUAUUCGGGCAUCUCACUGAGUUCAACAAACUCCGCUCAACCUCGCUUUCAGUAGCUAUAGUCGACAUGGCGUUCGAAUUUCUCCCCUUCCUAUCCGCCGUCUUUGGCUGGAUUUACUUUCUCUGCUGGUCCGGCUCCUUCUACCCGCAGCCUCUCCUCAACUUCCACAGGAAAACUACGGCCGGUACAACGGUCGACUUUCCCUUGAUCAACUGCCUAGGCUUCCUCGCCUACUUUGUCUCUAACGCCGCCUUCUACUACUCCCCCGUCGUCCGCGCCCAGUACGCCGCGCGCAACCACGGCCUCACCCCGACAGUCGCCUUCAACGACAUCACCUUCGCCGCCCACGCCCUACUCCUCUCCUGCAUAACCACCUCGCAGUACGUGCCCAAGCUCUGGGGCUUCACCCCCGCGCCGGGCACGAACCCUAGCCGCUUCAUCUCGGGCAUCGCCUCGGGCUGCAUCGUGGGCGUCGCCGUUGUCGGCCUCAUCGUCGCGUCCGCCCCGGGGGACGGCGACCCCGUCACGAGCUGGUGCGCCCUUGACGUCGUCUACGCCGUGUCCUACGUCAAGCUCGUCAUCACCUUCAUCAAGUACACCCCACAGGUCAUUACAAACUACCGCAACAAGUCCACAAAGGGCUGGUCCAUCUGGCAGAUCCUGCUCGACUUCUCCGGCGGCCUCCUCUCUGUUGCGCAGCAGGCAAUCGACUCCUACCUGCAGCGCGACUGGUCCGGCAUCACCGGUAACCCUGUCAAGUUCGCGCUGGGCAAUGUUUCCAUGGUGUACGACUUGGUCUUCAUGACCCAGCACUACAUCCUCUACCGCGGCUCUGACGGCAAGGCUGACGAGAGAGAUUCGCUUCUCCGUGCGGACGAUGAGGAGCAUCAAAGACUAGACUAG